CUCUCUAAAAAACUAGUUGUCACUUUGUAAAUGUAUCCUAAACUAUUAAAUAUACACGAUAACCCCUACAGUGUCUCAAAGACCAUGAAGAACGAGAAGGACCAAAAUGUGGAGACGAGCAGGGUCGAUGGGAGAGAAAGAGAAGAGGAAGAUGAAGAAGAGAAGAAGAUUGAUACGUUCUUUAAUCUCAUCAAAAGUUAUCAAGAAGCACGGAAGCGAAGAAGAGAAGAGUUAGGUCAAAGUUCAGGUGACGUGAGGAAGAAAACGAACGUGGGAGAGACAUCCGGUGUUGUGGUUCCGGCGUUUCAGCCGGAAGAUUUCUCUCAGUGUAGUGAUGUGAAGCCAUUGAUGGCUGUUUCAGAUCACAAGGAAGAAGAUGUAAAGGUGAAAGAAGAGGAAGAAGAAGCAAAGAAGGAGGAAGAAGAAGAGAAGGGUUUAGAUCUUAAUCUUGCAUUGUAGUGAAUUUUAUUUUAUUUUUUGAAUUUUUCACUUUGUAUUUGGGAUUCUGACUAAUUAUGAAUAUUUCAAACGUGUGUCCGAUCAAAAUAAUCAAAUCCUAAAAUGUAAAAUAGGCUAAAACAUUCGUCUAAUUCCUGACACUGGAAACUAUUAUCUACUGAAUAUUCGUUUU